GGCGGGAGCGGACGGGCUGGUAGGCGAGCGAGAGGCGGCGGAAUGGUGGACUACCACGCGGCGAACCAGUCGUACCAGUACGGCCCCAGCAGCGCAGGCAAUGGCGCCGGCGGCGGGGGUAGCGUGGGCGACUACAUGGCCCAGGAGGACGACUGGGACCGGGACCUGCUGCUGGACCCGGCCUGGGAGAAGCAGCAGCGCAAGACCUUCACGGCCUGGUGCAACUCCCACCUGCGGAAGGCGGGCACGCAGAUCGAGAACAUCGAUGAGGACUUCCGCGACGGGCUCAAGCUCAUGCUCCUCCUGGAGGUCAUUUCAGGGGAGCGGCUGCCUAAGCCGGAGCGGGGGAAGAUGAGAGUGCACAAAAUCAACAAUGUGAACAAAGCGCUGGACUUCAUCGCCAGCAAAGGUGUCAAGCUGGUCUCCAUCGGGGCGGAAGAGAUCGUGGACGGCAAUGCAAAGAUGACCCUGGGAAUGAUCUGGACCAUCAUCCUCAGGUUCGCCAUCCAGGACAUCUCUGUGGAAGAGACCUCUGCCAAGGAAGGGCUCCUCCUCUGGUGCCAGAGAAAGACGGCGCCGUACAAGAAUGUCAACGUGCAGAACUUCCACAUCAGCUGGAAGGAUGGUCUUGCCUUCAACGCCCUGAUCCACCGGCACAGACCCGAGCUGAUUGAGUAUGACAAGCUGAGAAAGGAUGACCCAGUCACCAACCUGAACAACGCCUUUGAAGUGGCUGAGAAAUACCUGGACAUCCCCAAGAUGUUGGAUGCGGAGGACAUCGUGAACACGGCCCGGCCGGACGAGAAGGCCAUAAUGACCUAUGUGUCCAGCUUCUACCAUGCAUUUUCGGGAGCGCAGAAGGCUGAGACCGCCGCCAACCGGAUCUGCAAGGUGCUGGCUGUCAAUCAGGAGAAUGAACACCUGAUGGAAGAUUAUGAGAAGCUGGCCAGCGAUCUCCUGGAGUGGAUCCGGCGCACCAUCCCCUGGCUGGAGGACCGCGUGCCCCAAAAGACCAUCCAGGAGAUGCAGCAGAAGCUGGAGGACUUCCGCGACUACCGGCGCGUCCACAAGCCGCCUAAGGUGCAGGAGAAGUGCCAGCUGGAGAUCAACUUCAACACGCUGCAGACCAAGCUGCGCCUCAGCAACCGGCCCGCCUUCAUGCCUUCCGAGGGCAAGAUGGUCUCGCCGCUGUUGUCUGAAUAUACCCUGCUCUCGGCUCCCACCCCAGGGAAGGAAGCCAUGCUGAAGCAGCGGGACUACGAGACGGCCACCUUGUCGGACAUCAAAGCCCUUAUCCGCAAGCACGAGGCCUUCGAGAGUGACCUGGCCGCGCACCAGGACCGCGUGGAGCAGAUCGCAGCCAUCGCCCAGGAGCUCAACGAGCUGGAUUACUACGACUCCCACAACGUGAACACGCGCUGCCAGAGGAUCUGCGACCAGUGGGACGCCCUGGGCUCUCUGACCCACAGUCGCAGGGAAGCCCUGGAGAAAACGGAGAAGCAGCUGGAGACCAUCGACCAGCUGCACCUGGAGUACGCCAAGCGGGCCGCCCCCUUCAACAACUGGAUGGAGAGCGCCAUGGAGGACCUGCAGGACAUGUUCAUCGUCCACACCAUCGAGGAGAUCGAGGGCCUGAUCUCAGCCCACGACCAGUUCAAGUCAACCCUGCCCGACGCGGACAAGGAGCGGGAGGCCAUCCUAGCCAUCCACAAGGAGGCCCAGAGGAUUGCCGAGAGCAACCACAUCAAGCUGUCGGGCAGCAACCCCUACACCACCGUUACCCCCCAGAUCAUCAACUCCAAGUGGGAGAAGGUGCAGCAGCUGGUGCCAAAGCGGGACCAGGCCCUCCUAGAGGAGCAGAGCAAGCAGCAGUCCAACGAGCACCUCCGCCGCCAGUUCGCCAGCCAGGCCAACAUCGUGGGGCCCUGGAUCCAGACCAAAAUGGAGGAGAUCGGGCGCAUCUCCAUCGAGAUGAACGGGACCCUGGAGGACCAGCUGGACCACCUGAAGCAGUACGAGCGGAGCAUCGUGGACUACAAGCCCAACCUGGACCUGCUGGAGCAGCAGCACCAGCUCAUCCAGGAGGCCCUCAUCUUUGACAACAAGCACACCAACUACACCAUGGAGCACAUCCGCGUGGGCUGGGAGCAGCUGCUUACCACCAUCGCCCGCACCAUCAACGAGGUGGAGAACCAGAUCCUCACCCGUGACGCCAAGGGCAUCAGCCAGGAGCAGAUGCAGGAGUUCCGGGCAUCCUUCAACCACUUCGACAAGGACCAUGGCGGGGCGCUGGGGCCUGAGGAGUUCAAGGCCUGUCUCAUCAGCCUGGGCUACGACGUGGAGAAUGACCGGCAGGGCGACGCCGAGUUCAACCGCAUCAUGAGCGUAGUUGACCCCAACCACAGCGGCCUUGUGACCUUCCAAGCCUUCAUUGACUUCAUGUCGAGGGAGACCACAGACACAGACACGGCGGACCAGGUCAUCGCCUCCUUCAAGGUCCUGGCAGGGGACAAGAACUUCAUCACCGCCGAGGAGCUGCGGCGUGAACUGCCGCCCGACCAGGCCGAGUACUGCAUCGCCCGCAUGGCGCCCUACCAGGGCCCCGACGCGGUGCUCGGUGCCCUCGACUACAAGUCCUUCUCCACAGCCCUGUACGGCGAGAGCGACCUCUGAGGCCCCCAACAGCGAGACCCUGACCCAACCCCUCCUCACGGCCCAGGAGGGGCUAGGGGAGCCCUCGCCCCCUCCUGCAGCGGGCGGGCUCCAUCGCUGUCUCCUCUGACUCUGUAUCUAUGCAAAGCACUCUC